AUGGUUCAGGCGGCCAUGGGAAACUGUGCCAAGCGGCCUCGACACCGGGGGCCUAAGGACCACUGGCAGCGGCCCAGCUCCCCCCCAGGGGGCUCCCGCUGCGGCCCCAGCCCCAACCCUGAGGAGCAGGGGGGCCCAGGGCCGGGUAUCCAGGGCUACUCGGUUCUCAACAGCCUGGUGGGGCCCGCCUGCGUCUUCCUGCGGCCCAGCAUCGCCGCCACCCAGCUCGACCGGGAGCUGCGGCCAGAGGAGAUUGAAGAGCUGCAAGUGGCCUUCCAGGAGUUUGACCGAGACCGGGACGGCUACAUCGGCUACCGGGAGCUGGGCGCCUGCAUGAGGACGCUGGGCUACAUGCCCACCGAGAUGGAGCUCAUCGAGAUUUCACAGCAAAUCAGUGGCGGAAAGGUGGACUUUGAAGACUUUGUGGAGCUGAUGGGCCCCAAGCUGCUGGCAGAGACAGCCGACAUGAUCGGGGUCAGGGAGCUACGGGACGCUUUUCGGGAGUUUGACACCAACGGGGACGGCUGCAUCAGCUUGGCUGAGCUGCGGGCAGCCCUCAAGGCCCUGCUGGGGGAGCGCCUCAGCCAGCGGGAGGUGGACGAGAUCCUCCACGACAUUGACCUCAAUGGGGACGGCCUGGUGGACUUCGAAGAGUUUGUGCGAAUGAUGUCUCGCUGAGCCAUCUGGGCAGAGAAGCUGGAGGCAGUACACAGGAACUUGGGACCACAGCCGGGAAGCCCACCGCCUCCAAAUGGCCCUCCUCCGCCCCUUCUUCCUCCUGCCUGUGUGUCCUCAUCCAUCAAGACCCCAUGCCCGUCCCUGUCUAACAAUAAAGUAUUUUGGGGCCUGGGGA